AUGGAGUUGCAGAGGAUCUUCGGGUAUGGCUGUUGUAGCAAGGCCUCUUGGGGUGGCCGAAGUCGCUGGGGGUGGCGUUGCUGUGUUAUGGAGGUUGUGGACUGUAUUGAGGCUCCUCUCAGCACGAACUCCGGGGAUGGCGAGGAUGGUGCGAUGACUGCGAUGAAAGGCCGUGAAGGUGGGUUGUCAGCUGGAGGUUGCGGCUGGUGUUGGGGUGCUGGAAUGGAUCUGCUGGUGUGGGAGAUGGUGAAGGUGAGAAAGGCCGGAGGUCCUCACAGGCUUCCCAUCUUCAACUCUGGCCACCAGCAACUGCCCCCCUACUGCCAUCGCCAUCUUCCACACGCAUUCCCGGAGCAGGAGAGUGCCGCAGGGACGGAACCAAAACAGACCGUCAUCGCUGCAAUCCGAGGACCAUCCCUGCAGCAGGCUACCUCACGGCCAACACCACAACAGUCCCAGCCCAGCUUCCAUCCGACCAUCAACUCCACGCCAGAACCUCCACAGCCACCGCAGCCCCUCUACUCUGCAACUCUCGCAGCCGUCCAGCCUCCAGCAGCAACCUCCGGACAGCCACGACCCACACCAGACCCCUCUGCAACUCCUCUGCCCCGUGCGUCAUUCCCUCAGCAAGUUACACCACCUGGAGUCCUCUGUUCCAGCCUCCAGCAAAGCCACGCGCCAUCUCCUCUCCUCUGCGAAGAACCACCACCAUCGACGCCUGGCAGCUCCCAAAUUCCAGUGCCCCUCGCUGCCAGCCCCUCUGUUGGUAAGUUCUCUGCUCAGCCGCCGACACCGUCGCUGUCACCGUCGCCGCCCAUUAACUCCGGUGGUACCCCCCCAUGGUAUGUGUAA